CGUCAUUACAUUACAAACAGAGGGAAAUAUCAAAACAAUGGAAGAGGGUAAUUUUAAUUUGUCGAAUUUGAAUGUCGUGGCUUGUCAAAUAGCCUUGGAAAUUGUAGAAGAACAAGUGACUGUUUCAAAAAUCGAGGAACCUUUACAGCAUGCACAAGACGAAGAAGCAAGAUUUUCUUGGGCUGAUGACAGCAUCCAAGUAGCAAGUAAUGAUUUACAAGAAAUCAAAUCAGAAGAACUCUCAGACAUUUCUAACUCCCACUCUGCAAAUGAAGGGGGCCAGAAUUACGAUCCAUUAACUGACCAAAAACUCAAAUCACAACAGUUUGUCACGCCAACUUUCCAGGAACUUCCAACGCCAGCAGACGAUUUGCCCACCUCCUACAAGGAAAUUGACAAUUUGCCGGACAGCUAUUAUGAAAGCAUGUGUUCAGAGAGGUUUGUCAUAAAUCCAGAUUCCAGUUCUAGCGAUGAAGAUGGCGAUGGUGUAUGCAAAAAGUCAGAAGACAUUGGAUUAGAAACAUCAAGUUCGAAAUUUACAGAUGAAGCUAGCAGUGAGAAUGAGCAGAAAAGUAACAAAGAGGAUGAACAAACCACUGCCCAGUGCAACGAUGUUUUAAAUGAUCUUGGAAGUGCACCCAAAAAAUCGACAGAUAACUCAGAAGUACCAGGCGAAUCAUUUCAACAGAACAUAUAUCCAGAGCUCGGCGAUUCGUCUGAAAAUAUUCAAUCUUUUCAAACAACAUACAAUGGACAAUACAUUGAACCUGGUGCUACUUGUUAUGUUUCCCAAACAUACCAAGAUUUUAACCCUGAAUCACCCGGAAAUAUGGUCUACUUUCAGAUGCCUUGCUACAAUCCACAUUAUAUAAACGGGAGUUAUUACUAUGUCCAUCAAGAAAAUCCAGUACUAGUGAAUGAAAAUUUAGCGAAUCAACAAUUUGUUAACGAUGAAUCCCUUUCAACUAACCAGAACACAGCAGAAAUUACAGAAACUUGCGAAAAACCCGAUAUCGUCAAGGCAGAAAACCACUCUAACACUCCGUACGGUGGUAUUCAGCAAGAAGAGACAUCGGAGGUCAGUCAAAUUAAGGAGAUAAAUAACGAGGAAGAAAAACAACCAGAGAAUUGGGAUAAUUUCACCGAAUUAUCGGAUUUUCCACAGACUGAUAAUUUUUGUUCCGAGUUUACUUAUCAAUUUCCUUCAUAUGGGGAACCAGAUGGAGGACUGACGCCUUUUAACCCUUACCAGACACUGCAACAACCUUUGUUUGCCACCGACAUUUACCAACCGUUCAUGGAGCCAGUCCGACUCAACACCAACUUUCAGUACCCAGCUGUGUAUGUAUCUCAGUUUGGGUUGAUAACGGUUCUUUUAAAACACGAUGUAUCAGUUGAGAUGACGAUUGAUCGAGCAAUACGAUUGGUUAGUCACCAAAAGAAUCUUGUUAUUGCAUCGAACGCAAAGGGAGAUAAUAACUUUAUUGUUCAUCCAGCUGGGAAAAUAUCGCAUGCUGUAUCUGAGGUUGAAGCCGACAUUUAUCUAAAUCGUCGAGUUAAGAUGUCAGACGAAGCAAUAAUCUUUGGCAACGCAAAUACAAGCUACAAAUUCAACACCGACAAAAUCAAAGAGGAACAGAAACCUAACUUCUCAAAACUGUCGAAAAAUAGCUCUGUUGGCAUUUUAUUUGCCUCGGACAAAUCUCCUGACAAAAAUCUUGUCAUGUCCUGCAUGGAUCUAGUAGCAAACGCUCAGUACCACCCCAUUAGACACAUAUCAGGAGGCUACGUAGUUAAGAUAAAUCAGAUCAAGAUCAUACAAAAUGGUAAUGGGGAUGUGAAAUUGGUUUGUCCUGACAAGUAUAUGAGACUCUCUCCAGUGAGGGAAGAUCUUUUGUUGAGGAGCAAAAACGUCAUUGAAAUGGGAAUCGAGCCCGACUGGAGCAUCUGGGUCAACCACGGUAAAAACUUUAUGAGAGCAAACAGACUUGGUCUUGUUUUGUGCAAUAGUUGUAUUGAGGCCGGGUUUGAUGCUCGAGAUUGUGUCAGGGCUUGUCGUAUUCCAAGCGGAAUCCCGAUACUUGUUGGCGACGAAUCAUUUCUACCCAAGCGGCGUUAUGUACCGAGGGCUCGCCAAAAGUCUUCGAGGGAAUUUGAUUAAAACAUGUAGCAGUGCAGCAAAACGAUCAGAUGAGAAAUAAACAUUGGGAAAAGGAAUCUUUUCCAAGAUAUUAAUCGAAGUCCCAAAAAUGUUAUAAAUGACCCAACAACAUCAUUUAUGUUAUUGAUAGCAUUAGAAAUAAAAUAUAUCAUCAAA